GCCGCGUGCGGCCGCGAAGCCGGGCCGUGGAUGGUGGGGAACUUGCGCGCUAGCCGCGCCUUGAUGUUCUUGGCCGCUUUGGCAAACGCAGCCUUCUGCGCCGCAGUGCGGCGGAAGCCGCGCUGGCGCCAGAGCAGCAGCUGCUGCCAGUCCGUCUCCAGCUUGCGCCCUGGCGCCGCGGGGCGCGCCUUGCGGCGAGCCCGCUCCACAA